AUGGAAGCAAAAACAAAUGCAAAACCAUCCUCUCUCAGAUGGGCAAUCUUACGCCAAGCCGUUCUUCGCAAAUCCCAUGAAAAUCCUGAUAAUCAAUCACCAAGUGCUAUCAAGCGCAUAUCAAGAAAAACCCAUCAAGGAUUUAACUUGAUACCAGGCCAAGUGGUUGAAGAUCAUGUUGAUGAAGAAUCAAACUUUAGAGACGUUCGUAUUUGCUACACUUUGCCUGUUGAUGGAAGCCCCAAACUUUUUGUGAAGCAGAGAGUGGAUAAUGGUGCUGAUUUGAGUGAUUUUGAGGUUUCUAAUAGAUACAAUGUCGAUAGCACUGGCCUAGUGUGUCAGUGGCCAUCUGAAGAGGUCCUUGCAUAUUUUUGCUUGUCACAUGCAGACAUGUUCAGGUCUAAGAGAGUUAUUGAGCUUGGCUCAGGAUAUGGCUUAGCUGGAUUAGUUAUUGCAGCAACAACUGAGGCAUUGGAAGUUGUAAUCUCAGAUGGAAAUCCAGCAGUAGUAGAUUAUAUUCAGCAUAGCAUAGAUGCCAACUGCACAGCAUUUGGUAAUACAAAAGUGAAGACUAUGACAUUGCAUUGGGAUGAGGAAGUAACUUAUAAUAUCUCUAACACUUUUGAUGUCAUAGUUGCCAGUGACUGCACCUUUUUUAAGGAGUUCCACAAUGCCCUUGCUUGUACCGUCAAACUCUUGUUAAAAGAUGCUGGGCCCUCGGAAGCAAUAUUCUUCAGCCCUAAAAGAGGAGAUUCAUUGGACAAAUUCCUAGAUAAAAUUGAAGAAAAUGGGCUGCAGUUCUCUAUAAUAGAGAACUAUGACUCUGAAGUUUGGAAGCAUCAUCAAGGUUUCAUGGCUGAUAACGACUCCUGGCCCAGCUAUGAUAAGCAUCACUGCUACCCAUUAUUGGUUAGAAUUACAUUAUAA